GGCUCUGCGUAUCAGGGAAGAUGGGAAUGGUUCGCAUUUGGACGUCGCGCAAGUGGCCGUAUCACUAGGAUCGUUGACGGUCGAAAUGGCCAUCUUCGACGCGGCGCGGGCGUUCUUCGAUCUGGCAUUAAGGAAUUACACGUUCGACGAGGCGCCGGCGCAGCACCAGCGGCGCACGCGCUCGCGGGCCUGGCGCGCGUCCGGCGCCAUCAAGGUAGCAAGAUGCUCCAGCAGCGCGACUCCUUAUCUGCGAGGCGGGCCGGGCUACUUGUCUUAGACGAAGCCAUCAACUUCCAGGCCCAGGCUGUUCGCAGUAGAGCUUCAUUGGGCCAGCGCCACGGCUUGUACCAGGCUUCGGUUGCUGAAUUAAGGGCCAUGGAAAGUCAAAGGGAUCAAGUGGAACGGGCCAUGAAAAGUGCCGACGCCGACGCGCCGCCCUCGCCUCCGUCCUCGAUGGCGGCGUCGUCGCCGGAGCGCGGCUCGCCCCUGCGCGAGAUCAGCCCGUCCGGGCAAGUUAGGGUGAUAGCGCCGACGGCUCCUACUUUAGCGGAAUGUAGGGGCUCGCCGGCGAACACGCCGCGGAACGGCAACCCGGCGCCGCCCCACGACUGA